AGUUGAUAAUGAACUUUAAUUGUAGAGUUCUAGUAAUCCCACAUUACCUUCCCACAUCGCAGUUAUCACAUAAUCGCGUAGUUGCCUAGUUCUAUUCCCACAUUACCUUCCCAAAUCGCAGUUAUCACUCCGGCUUCCCGUAAUCCGUUAAGUCUCACAUCAUCCGGUCGCCGGUGAACGCAAUUCCAUGGAAUGGGCAGACGGCUACCAUUGCAACCUCUGCCAGUGCGGUUUGAGAAAAAGAAAGUGAUUGAAGAUCAUCACAAACGAGUACAUCCCAGAGGCAAUGUUUGUAGUAAGUGCUUCUUUGUCUUUGAGUCGGUGGCCGAUCUCGAGGUACAUCGGUACCGAAAAAGUGCACCAUGGGUACCACCCAGCAGCAGCACCUCAGGGGCAGAAUGCGGCCGCUCCAGCCGGGAAUCAAGGAGACGGCCAGUAGGUCCACCUUCUUUCGCAACCGAGAGACGAGGCUGCAAGCACAGCCAGCUGGAGUUGCUUACUCUCAUCCACUUAGUAAUGUUGUAAAUUGCAUGGCUUACUUUGGUCCAACCAUGUUGUUUGCUGAUCUUAGAUGCUCACCAUCUUGUAAGCGUGCUGGACUUCACGGGACACUGUCCAUGUGGCCUCCUGAUUGUUUUCGGUACAAAGGAACCUUCUAUGUCUUCAACAAGAUGGUAAGACAGGUAGGGUUUGCCAGGCUGUGGAAGGGCACAAAUGCGGCUCUUCCUCUAGCUGUCCCAACUGUCGGCAUUUACUUACUCUUAUAUGAUGUAUUCCGCAUCUGGCUCGAGGAAAAAACCUCUGAGAGUAUUCCUGCUGCAGCCCCAUAUGCUCCCUUGGUAGCUGGCUCACUGUCACCUUCAUUAGCUUGUAUGACUUGCUAUCCUGUUGAACUUGCCAGAACUCGCAUGCAGGCAUUCAAGGGUACACAACAUGGUAUGAAAGCUCCUGGAGUUCUGAAUACUCUACUUGAAGCCCUUACUCAUGUGCAAGGCACGGAUAACCCUCAAACUAAUUGGAGAGGUUACCGGCUACUGUGGACAGGCAUGGGAGCACAGCUUGCCCUUGACGUUCCAUUUUCUGGAAUUUGUUCGGCACUACUUGAGCCUAUGAGGAUAAAUCUUCUGAGUGUGGUUGGAGAUGACGCGAAUGUGGCCAGUGUACAUGGAGCCAACUUCUCCGCUGGUUUCAUCGAAGGAAGUGUUGGUGCAGCUGCAACGUGUCCCCUGGAUGUUGCUAAAACUCGAAGGCAGAUAGAGAUGGAUCCUGUAAGGGCACUAAGUAUGACAACUCGGCGAACGCUAAUGGAGAUUUGGAGUGGUAGCAGUAACUUGUUACUAAUCAUGCUUCAUAUGGAUGAACAAGGAUGGAGGAAUGAGAACGUUGGCAUUGUGGUCGCGUUCUACGAGGUGGUGAAGUGCGCUCUGCAUUCUCGAUAUGAAUCCGCUUAGGAGGAAAGCAUCAGAUGGCGUUUUGCUGAUUGACCAUUUUGUUUCUAGUGUUCAUAGUCAUGACAGAUGUUCCUUGGGGAGUAUAGGGAAUGAGAAAGUAAAGGUUGGGUAAAAAGUAGGGUAGCAGCAAAGUAACAGUUGAUAACAGAAGAGAGGCAGUUGGGUUUACUGGUGAAGCUUCCUCAUUUCUUUUUCUGGUUCACUGAUAGGUAGAGCCUGCCAUGGAGAAUGGUUGCGGCCUUGAGUUGAUACGAAACAGAGACCACCCAUACCUUGAAUUUCGACCCAAACUGGGGUUGGAUUCGGUGGCGGAACUUGUACAGUUUUAUUACAUGCUUGAUCUUGUAUAAAUUUGCACCUAGACAUUGGUUUUAAUCAUUCGAAUUGAUAAAAAAAAUAUAGACAAG